UGCGCGGAUGAUUUCUCGGCGCAAAUCCCCUCUUAUCAGUGAUAUUCGGAAAGUGUCUCGGGCGCAACGCCGGUGAAUCUGGUGUAACACCGGAACGUCGGGGGGAAAAGCUGUCAUUUUAAACGAAGGGGAUCUCUCUCUUACAGGUUGUGUCGCCUGUGAAUCGCAGCUGUUUCAAGAUUUGUGUUGCUUUGUUUUUGUUUUAUUUUGCCAGCCAUCAGACGGCGGGUGUCGUCCAAUCGCAGGGCGUCGACUUGAGCAUCAAUUCAGCUGUUUGUGGUUGAGAAGCGGCGAACAAUCAGCGAUCAGCGUCGACAUGUCCGGAUACCAGGGCAAAAAGAACAUCCCUCGCAUCACUAGUGAUCGUCUCCUAAUCAAAGGGGCAAAGAUUGUGAAUGAUGAUCAGUCCUUCCAUUCUGACAUCUACAUGGAGGAUGGCGUUAUCAAGCAAAUUGGAGAGAACCUUAUUGUUCCUGGUGGAGUGAAGACCAUUGAUGCCCAUGGCAGGAUGCUAAUUCCUGGUGGCAUUGAUGUGCACACCCGUUUCCAGAUGCCCGACCGAGGAAUGACAGCUGCCGAUGACUUUUAUCAGGGCACUCGUGCCGCUCUGGCCGGGGGCACCACUAUGAUCAUUGACCAUGUGGUGCCAGAGCCAGGCGUUAGCCUUAUAUCUGCAUUUAACCAAUGGAGGGAAUGGGCAGACAGCAAGUCUUGCUGUGAUUAUUCACUCCAUGUGGACCUCACUGAAUGGCACAAGGGGAUGCAGGAAGAGAUGGAGACCCUGGUGAAGGACCAUGGUGUCAAUUCUUUCCUGGUCUAUUUGGCCUAUAAGGAUGCCUUCCAGCUGAAUGAUUCCCAGAUGUAUGAGGUGUUCAGUGUGAUUCGAGACCUGGGAGCCAUCGCCCAAGUACAUGCUGAGAAUGGGGAUAUUAUUGCUGAGGAGCAGAAAAGGAUCCUGGAAUUAGGCAUCACUGGUCCAGAAGGUCAUGUUCUAAGUCGCCCAGAAGAAGUGGAAGCUGAGGCAGUCAAUCGUGCAGUGACAGUGGCCAAUCAAACCAAUUGUCCAUUGUACAUUACCAAGGUGAUGAGCAAGAGUGCUGCUGAUGUCAUUGCUCAGGCUAGGAAAAAAGGUACUGUGGUGUACGGGGAGCCUAUCUCUGCAAGUCUGGGCACUGACGGUACUCACUACUGGAGCAAGAACUGGGCCAAAGCUGCUGCCUACGUGACAUCUCCUCCUCUGAGCCCAGACCCCACCACCCCUGACUAUCUCAACUCUCUGCUCUCAUGCGGUGAUCUGCAGGUAACUGGAAGUGCUCACUGCACCUUUAACACCUCUCAACGUGCUGUGGGCAAAGAUAACUUCACUCUCAUCCCAGAGGGAACCAAUGGCACUGAGGAGAGGAUGUCCAUCAUCUGGGACAAGUGUGUGGUGACUGGAAAGAUGGAUGAGAAUCAGUUUGUGGCUGUGACCAGCACCAACGCAGCCAAGAUUUUUAACAUGUAUCCACGUAAGGGCCGCAUCGCUGUGGGCUCUGAUGCUGACUUGGUUCUGUGGGAUCCCGAUGCCACUAAGAUCAUCUCUGCCAAGAGCCACAACCUGGCAGUUGAAUAUAAUAUCUUUGAGGGUUUGGAGGUGCGUGGUGCUCCCUUAGUGGUGAUCAGUCAAGGUAAGAUUGUUCUGGAGGAUGGAAACCUCCACACUACUGAGGGAUCAGGACGUUACAUAACCCACAAAACUUUCCCUGACUAUGUGUACAAGAGGAUAAAGGCUCGUAGUAAGCUUGCUGAGCUACGUGGUGUCCCACGUGGCCUUUACGAUGGUCCAGUAUGUGAGGUCACUGUGACACCUAAAAUAAUGAACCCUGUGACCUCUAACAAGACCUCUCCAACCAAGCACACCGCUCAACCUAUCCGUAAUCUGCAUCAGUCUGGAUUCAGUCUGUCCGGAGCGCAAAUUGAUGAUAACGUUCCUCGCCGCACCACUCAGCGUAUUGUAGCCCCCCCUGGUGGUAGAGCAAACAUCACCAGCCUGGGUUAAAGAACGCACUUCCACAGUCCUGAAAGAAAGGGGGUGGCAGGGAACCACGGGCGUGUGCUCUAGUUAUCACUCCUACCACUGAGAUCCCUACCAGCCCCCCACAGUCAAUAUGACAACAUUGUCAGUAUUUCAUUUAUGUAGAAACAUAGUCAGGGCAUUGUUGUGUAUUUUCACCAUUUUGUUUUUUUUUUUGUUUUUUUUUUCCUUGUAGGAAGAGUAAUGUGAAUCUAAACAGAACUUGUAUUAUUUUAUUGUUACACGUAAAUCAGAAUUGACCAUAUGUCCUUUUUUUUUGUUUUGCAUUAUUAAAACACUGGUUUACUUUUGGGAAAAUGUCCCAUUUUAAUUGAAUUGGUGUGUUGUCCUGGUGUCUUCAUUUCAGAUUGAUGUUUUUGUGCUGCAGCAUAAUUCACUUUUUUAUACUCUUUGUUGGCAUUAAUUUAAUAACAGUAAUGCCAUAUAUACUUUUUCGUCUUUAAGUUUCAUCAUAUUUAGGGUUAGACUAUUGAUGUCCUCUGAAUAGUAGGGGAUUCCUGACACUGAUGCAAAAAAAAAAAGAACAAAGCUUGACUGAAAUAAAAGAAUAUGGAUCCCUUUGUAUCACAUUUUCCCUGUUAAAUUCCCCCAGUUCCACAUCUCUAGUUGUCCAUGAGUAAGGUAUCCUGGCAACAGUCUUUUAACCCCUGAAAUAAAGGUUUGCUGCUUUAUGA